UACAGUUACGAGUCACGGCUCGCCAACAAAUCUGAGCGGAUGGACCUCGACCCGACAACACCGUCCCCGCUCCAGCACCAGCACCAGCACCAGUCCACCCUCACCCCCCUCCAGUCCACCGUACACACUCCCUCAAACAGCUCACGCAAGCGCAAUCGCGAGAAUGAGACUCCCGCACAGCGCCUCAAGCGCGAGAAGGCUGCAGAGCGACAGCGCAGGAAGCGAGAGCGCGAUCGCAAUAAUGCCCAGACCAUCUCCAUGAUCGUCCUCGCCCACGACCAGCCUCCUCCCGACCCUGGCCAGCUGCCCUCGCCUCCCCCUCACCAGCCCCACCCCAUGACUCCCCAUGCGCAGCACCCCCAUCCACCGCUCCCGCACUCCCCCAUGCCACAUUCGCCUAUCCCACACCAGCAACCUCCCCAUCCCCAUUCCCAUCCUCACCCUCAUCCUCACCAGCAUCCUCAUGGCCACGCUACCCCUCUCCCCCCAGGUUUCGUCGCAGCCCCAAACGCAGACGAAAUCGUCAAGAAGGACAAAAUACGUGCAGCCGCCCGCGAAAGGCAGCGCAAACACCGCCAGCUCGUCAAAGCGCGCAAGAUGCGCGACAUGGGCAUGGAACCCCCUCCCCCUCACCACCCCCAUAUGCAUCACCACCCUCCGCCACCUGGCCACCACGGGCCGCCCCCGCCUGGCCACCCGGGCCACCAGGGUGGGGAGAUGAUGCCGACCAUGGAGGAGGUCGCUGCUUAUCAGCCGGGCCAGUAUGCUAUGCUCGCCCACCAUGAGAUGGGUGGGCCGCAUCCGCACGAGAUGAUGCCUCCCGGGCAUCCGCAUGGGCCUCCGCCGCCUGGUCAUCCUGGGCCUCCACCGGGCCAGCAUCCGCCAAACGGGGAGGGAGGCGAGCAGCAGGGGUACCCUGCGCAGGUCACGGGUGGACAGAGCUUUGCUUCGACGCUGCUUCUGUCCUUCUCGUGCGCGCCGUUGUUGAAGCAGCAUCUCCUUCGGACACUGCAGAUGACGAACGACGAGCUUGCAAGUUUGGAGCCCAUUAUCGCGGAGGCGUGGGACCAUUGGGAUCAUCAGCGUCGCAUCCACUGGGCCCAGCAAGCGGCAGCAGCAGCAGCCUCGGGCGUCGACCCCGGUGGCCCAGGCACCUUCGCCCCACCCAACGGACCUCAUAACGGAGCCGGUCCGGGCCCAGGUACCCCGCCCCAAGCCACCGCGCCUCAAGCCCAAAAUCAGACACCAAACCCCACGGACUACAGAGCGCGCUUCCAGCGCCCCGUCGUCGCGCCCUCCCCGUUCAAGAGUUUCGCAGUCGAGGCAGCUGCAGCUGCCGCUGCUGCCAACGGUGGUGGUGGUGUAAUGCCUUCGUCGCCGUCCGCUUCGAACGCCAAUCUGACGGGCAGUCCCGCGAACGCGGAGGGAGGAAUCGGAGGAGGGGCGUUGGUACCGGUGGGCACCAUCCCGGGGACGGGAACGAUUGACCCACAUCUCGCAGGCGUCGUGAUUGCCGCUGCGGGCGCGGACGUGACUGUGCGCCAGAAGGUGACGAUCGAUCCGGAUUUUGGGCAGGCGAAGGGUGAGGCGGAGGGGGUUGUCGGGAGGCUCGAGCGGCCUUGAGUCUCGGCGAUCGCCGUGGAGGGUGUUGAGCAUGAUCAUCUUGGAUAACUCUGAUGCUCGUAUCAUGCCAUGCCAGCCGCGCGUUUUCCUGUGUGCCGCUCGCCCUUUUCGCGCUGUCCUUUGGAAAUCCAUUUCUCAUUCCCUCACGAUAGGUCUGGUUCCGUUUCCUUUCCUCACAGUAGGUUUGGUACCACAUAUAGCACGCACGGACGAUAUCGUACAUUAUGAUCAUGAUCAUCUCGCUUGACGUGCAGUGUAUCGCUCGCCGGUGGCGUUUUGGGGCUUCUUGCUUUUAUGUUCCUCUUACAUGCAUUGCGUAUAUUCUUGUUACUCUACGUGCUUCCUCUAUUUUCCGACUGCUGAUUGUACGUGUACUUUUUAACUGCACAAUUUCAUUCUUG